AUGGAGAAGUUUGGCGGCCUGCUGUCCGUGGGAAAACCCUGGGCAAUCGAAGACCCUGAUCAGGUGGUGGGACCGAACGCCACAGCGGAGCUCAUCGUGACGACCGUCCACGACCCGCCAUACAUGGUGGUGGACCGACACGCGGACGGCUCCUCCAGCUGCUCCGGGUAUCUAUACGACCUCUGGAGCAUCAUGGCCAGUGCGCUCAACAUUCGCUUCAGGAUGGUGCCUCUCCUCAGCGGGGACUUUGGUGCACUGCGUAACGGCACUUGGUCCGGCAUGAUCGGAGAGCUGGCCUACGGACGCGCUGAUGUCGCCGUGACGACGCUGGACAUAACACCGUCCAGAGCCACGGUCGUGGACUUCCUUGACACGUUUCCCGUUAACUCGGUCACCUACCGGUUCUACGUCCGUGCUGGCGAGGGCGAGACGCUUUCGCUGACAGGGAACCUUUUCAAAGCUCUUCUGAAACCGCUGCAUGCCCACGUGUGGUGGACGAUUCUUGCCUCACUUCUGGUGCUCUCCCUUAUCUUAUGGGUCAUCCAGAAAGAGGGGAGCAGCAAGGGCAAGAAGAGACUGGGAAAAAGAGAGUCAGACUGGCCGUCGUGUCUCUUCCUGUGUUUCAUGACCGCAGCGGGUCAAGGAUGGACAACAACGCCGACAUCCCUGUCAGGCAGAAUCAUCACCAUAUGCUGCUGGAUGUUGGGAAUCAUCAUCACCGCCGGCUACACGGCCAACCUUAUCUCCUACUUGACAACUGGCGGCGUCAACGCUCCCAUCGUCAGCCUCAAACACUUCUCGGAAGAGCCCGAGUGGAAGCUGUCAGUGACUCCCGGCCAUGCUUCUCUUGCCUACUGGAAAUUCAGCAGCGAUAGGUACGAGCGCGACCUAUAUCGACGUGUGGCAUCUGGCGAAGGAUAUCGUCCGUUCGACUUCAGCUCUCCGGAGAGUACGCACAAGAGCACAGAAGGGCAGGUCAUGGUAUACGUCAGUAUCGACACGAUGAUCAGCUCUCUGGGCGACGAAAACACACAGAAGGCACUGAGUGGCAAUCACAAGCUGCGCAUCACAACUACGCAGUAA